GGUAAAUCUUCGGCGGCACUACCCACUCUGGGUAACUUCGUUGAUUGGGUGACGGCGAUUUAUCACUUUUGAUUGACUGCGCUGAUUAGGCGAUACGUACCAGAAAGAACAUCGCCGUGGCAGCGACGUCAAUUUCUAUUUUCUUCCCCUAACCAUAACAAAUCUUUGGAUCGUCGAUCCAUUUUAUUUUUCCUUCCUUUCCUAACCAACGCGACAUCCUCAUCACUCUUUCAACUACGUGAUCGUCGAACACCGUUCGCCGCAUCUUCGAGCAUUUGGCUUCGCGUUUUUUCAUCCUUUCAUUCUAUUAAUUACUAUACCCAAGUACCUGCAGACAUGGGUGAAUCUCGACAAGAGCUGAUACAAUGGCUCAACAGCCUGCUCCAGCUUAACAUGACCAAGGUCGAACAAUGCGGUACUGGUGCUGCUCUCUGCCAAGUCUUCGACAGCAUCUUUCUAGAUGUACCGAUGUCCCGUGUUAAGUUUAACGUCAAUAGCGAGUAUGCGUACAUCCAGAACUUCAAGGUCUUGCAGAACACGUUCGCCAAGCACCAUGUCGACAAGCCCAUUCCCGUCGAAGCGCUUUCCAAGUGCAAGAUGCAGGACAACCUCGAGUUUUUGCAGUGGACUAAGCGAUUCUGGGACCAGUACUACCCCGGUGGAGACUAUGACGCCGUAGGACGACGAAAAGGCGCUCCUGUCCCCGGCGGUGGCGGUCCCGCUGCACGAGCCACUAGUGGUGCCGGUUCGGCCGCAGCUAGACGAGGCGGCACGACUCCCACGACCGGCCCCCGCGCAGCCAAGGUUGGCGGUGGCGGUGCUGCGUCUGCCGCUCUCCUCCAGGAGAACGCGACGCUGAAAGAGACGGUCGUCGGUCUCGAGCGCGAACGAGAUUUCUACUUCAGCAAGCUGCGAGACAUAGAACUCUUGAUCCAGCAGGCUGUCGAGGAGGAUCCCGAGAUCGAGAAGGCGGAAGACGGCCUCAUCAAGCAGAUCCAGACAAUACUGUACUCUACCGAGGAAGGCUUCGAGAUUCCGGCCGAGGGAGAGGUGCUGGACGACCAGGAGACGUUUUAAGACGCUUACGAGUAACAAACAACCUGGAACAAAGUAAUGAACAGCCAUCCCGGGGAUGCAGGCUGGUAGCCCCGAAGUAUUUUCGGUGUAGCUGUAUGAUGAGCCGAGAGGGACAGGAUGAUACAAAUGCUGGAGAAGAGAGAUGCAUAGGGGACGCUGUCUUUAUCCAAUUUGAAUCAUCAUAGGGACCAGACCUGUGAUGUGUUGGAAGACAUAGUCUACUUCUAGGCUACCUAAUACUCUCUUCUCAGCUCGAGGAUAUGAUACCUAGAGUUUGACAAUUGACUGAUAUCAACAGACUUUUUAUACAAACUUCGUUGCGAGGUAUUUUGUUUAUGUUAUUAGACCGAUCCAUGCUAAUAUCCCCUUAA